AUGCUUAGAUCAAUACUUAGAUUCCCACCAAAAUUGACUAUUGGGGUGUCAGUAUUCAAACAAUUUGCUUCUACUACCACCACUGCCACCACCACCAUCAGCAGAACAGUAUUUCAAAGACCUACCAUACUAGCAUCUACUUCCACAACAUCCAAUUCAUUAUUAUUCCAAUAUAAUAGACCACACACCGUUAAUUUCCAGUCAUUUAUAGAACAAAAAGAAUAUGAUUUAGAUACGGUUGAAGACGAUGAUAGUAAUACUAUGCAUGCAUUAUCGGUUUUAAGAAAAAGAAGAUUGAAAAUGAAGAAACAUAAAUAUAAGAAAAGAAGAAAGGCUCAAAGAGCAUUAAGAAAAAGAUUAGGUAAAUAA